AAUAUAUCCCGUAUAAGAAAUGGAAAAUGCUCAGUGACAAGAAAUAAAAUUAUUGAAACCUAUUUCAAAGAAAUAUGACAAGUUGGUAUUAUUCCAAAAUAACCCCUAGAGUUUUAAUCAUAAGCUUCAGUUUUAUACGGUGAAUUGCUCGUACAAUAAAAAUAAAUCAGUACGGUAAGAGAGUUAGUCAAUUACCUUGUGGAAUAAAAUUAGCCGUCUCGGUGAAUUAAAUUAAUUUGUGUUGGUGUAUUUUGUAAAUAAAUAAGAGUGAAUGUAAAUCGUAGUUAGUGUAGCCGGGUUGGGAGUCGGGACGCGGGGUGGCCGGCGAUCUUGGCAUAUUUGCCGUUUCGCCGACAUUCCCCAGUUAAUUAAAGCCCAUUUGUACACUGUCUUGCGAAAUAUAAUUUAUAAAAUGAGAAAACGUUUCACCGUUUGCAAAAUAUUUUACUGCCUGAAAUAUUUGGGUGGCUUAGUGAUUUAUACUCAUUAAAUUCAAUUUAUGAUGGCAUGAUGUAAAGAUAUUUCCAGGGUGACGUCCUGAUAUGUGUCAACGUUUUAAUAAAUUGUAUUAUAAUUAUCGUAAGAAACAUAAUAUAUAAAAUAUUGAUAAAUAAGCAGAUGCCUCCACUCCACCUCCUUGUCAAUUCCAAAUAAGCCCGCCUCGAUCCUAAGCUCCGCCUACUCGUAGAAGGUAAAUAAGUGCUUAUGUAAACAGUUUUAUAUAUUUGCCAGUAUACAGUCACAUUUUCCUGCUUUAUCGUUUGGCCAUUGAUGCGACGGAUAGUGCUGUAUACGAUUCCCAUUGAUAUAUAGAUUGAUAUGUCUUAUGUUACUUCACUCUGACUAGCUUCGGUGUAUUAAAAGUUCACUAUUAAUAAUGUAUUCUUCAAAGUAUACAUCCAUAUACCAUGGUUAUUGAUAAGUGCUUGGUUUUAGUUAAAUUUAGCUUUCUUAAAAAUGUUUGUAAAGUUCACGUUGUAGAUGGACGAUCAGUAAAAUGGAAAACAAAAACCUUUUUUUAAAGUGCAGGAAAAAUACUUAAAAAUAAAAACAACAUAAGUUUGAAUAAACGCAGCAAAAGGGGUUAUUUUGGAAAUACGGUUCUUGAGUAACAGGACAUUGUUAACAAAACAAAAUCAACAUAGCGGGUGAAACUUUAACAGCUAAGAAGUUGAAACUGUACACAAUGUCGGGACGAACAGUAAGCUCUAACAAGCUGGCCAUCCGAAGUUGUUAAACUGAGCCGAGUGAGCAGCGGGGGAAUAAUUCUACCAAAGCGGUCACUAACUGAACAGACAGUUUGAAAGUGUUCGCGGCUGCAGCGAACAGGCCUAGAGCGGCAUACACUACGAGUCACGGAGCAUGCACCACCGAUGAGGAUGGAAUCACAACUCUUGGCCAGGAAUCGGCAACCACUCGCCGCCAGAAAUCAUAUCGUUUACACAGAUCAUAAGGGACGAAAGAUACCGUACGCAGACAAGAUCACUCCAGAACCGAUUCUUCACAACAAUGCGGAGAGAGACACAAAGCCUGACUCGAUCAGGAAUAGUUAUAAUAGCCAAUUCAAAGUUGGCAUUUACGGUUGGAGGAAGAAAUGCCUUUAUAUUUUUGUCAUGGCGCUCAUGUUUAUGAUGAUCAUUAAUCUCGCAUUGACGCUGUGGGUUCUGAAAGUGCUCGACUUUAACUCUGAAGGGAUGGGACAAUUACGCGUAGUGCCAGGAGGUCUGCAACUUCUCGGACAAGCGCUAGUACUGGACUCGCUAUUCGUUUCGAGUAUUAAGUCGCGACGCGGACAGCCAAUCUCGAUCGAAUCUUCGAGAAAUUUUACAGUUUCCACUCGAGACGCGCACGGACUACUGCAGAGCAGAUUAUUUUUAGGUCACGAUCGCUUAGAGGUGAAUGUCGGACGUCUAGAGGUGAGAGAUUCACGAGGAGCAUUAAUACUCGGGGCUAACCAAGACGCCGUAACAGUUGGAGCUGACACCCUAACAGUGUCAAGUCCAGCUGGCAUCACCUUGCAUACAGCUGCACAAACAUCACUCGUAAAAGCACCUCCAUCAAAACCUUUAGUGCUGGAGUCGUCGACACGCUCGUUGGAGAUGCACGCGGCACAAAACAUCGCGCUAGAGUCGCGGGCUGGCGACAUCAGCGCCACCUGCCUAACCACUUUCAGACUCAAAUCCGUCGCUGGUUCGAUACGGUUAGACGCGCCGAGUAUAUACAUGCCAAAGUUAAAAUCAGCUCUACCGCUGCCCCCCUCUGCGGCGCAUUCCCACGAUCCUCACCACCAGAACAUUUACCAGCUCUGUGCGUGUGCUAACGGCAAGCUAUUUCUGGCGCCACCGCAUGGCGCUUGCGUCGCCAGAGAGGAGAGCCUAAUUUGUCGAUGAUAAUUUUUAUCGAUUUCUAGUUUAUGUGGCGCAUUGUGCUUUUAUAGAAUGUUUCGGUUUUAAUCUUUUUUCUUACUUAUUUAUGGUUUUGUAAUUAGAAUCUUUCUGUGGGUAUUUUAUUUAUUUGGUUACAAUGAUGAUAUUUUUGUAUUACCCUUAUUAACGUAAUGGCAGAGUACUAAGGCUAAGAAAUCGAUAAGUCCUUUGUCUUAUCAUCAGGCUUGGGAAUUGAAAUCUGUAUGUUUUCUAUUCGAAAAAUUCAUGGCAACAACCAAGCAUUACAUUUUUUGACAGGUACUUAUAAUGACGAAUACUCAAUCAUAGGGCAAAAACAAGUGCGGUUAAUAGUAUGUACAUGCACUAUUUUGCACGUCUUAUGCCUUUGGAAAUUUAGGCCUGUGUACUAAUACAGGACUAAAUUUCCAAGACCAAGACCAAGGCAUAAGACGUGCAACUAUGUUGUUAUUUUCUAUCUGAAAUAUAUUUUGAUAAUUGGAUGUCCUCUUUCAAAUAUGUAUUUUUUAUUAUUUUGUCAAAACAUUGAAUGCUGAUAAGAUAACCGACUAGACAUCACCCAUGGAAUACACGAAAAACCAGCCGUAGUAGGUCAUUUCGAUCAUUCCAGGAUACAUUCCGAGGUAGACCGGUGUAGUUCCAACGUCGGCUGGCAUAAUUACGGCAAACGUCGAGGGACGCGACGUCUGUCGUUGGUUUACAUUAUAUUUAGAUUACAUCGUGUUUACUAUCAAUGGCAUUGUAAUUUUGCCGAGCCAGAAUUUUAAAUAAUGUAGUAUUUGUUUUAAUACGUCAUUAUUUGUUCUGUAUAUCUGUGUUGUGAACUAAUGUUUAAUAUAAUAAAUAAAGGAGUGCUUAUAGUAGUCGUAAAGAGACAAUUUCGAUGUCAUUACGAUGGUGUAUAGAGCUAAUCGUCGUGUUGGAUGUUAUUCAAAUGUCGUGUUAUUUAUGUUAGUCUUAAAGAUUUUUUAAUUGUUCAACUACAACGACUUUUAAAACGUAUCAAUUCAUACAUAUUAUAACAACUAGUGCCUUUUUGAGUCUCAUUUAGUAUAAAGAUUGGCUGAGCAAUUGAUUCUUGUCAAUGAUUUUAAAUGCACCCUUUUCAAUUAUUAUCGUGAAAUUAUAAUGUUGUCAAUUUAAUUACGAAAAAUAAUUAUAAUUCUUUGAUAUUAAAUAAAUGGUAAUAAAUCUGUUUUAUUCUUUAAUACAUAUUUCUAUAUUAUAUUUUAAGAAAAAGGUGUAUAAAGUCAACCUUAUGUAGAUACCAAAAAUGUUACAACUUCUUUAUAAUCGUUGUCACGUUUCAAUUCAAAAUAAAUCCACGAGAAUCGGCAAGUUCCUACCUUUCGUCAAAAUUUAAACAAAUUUUAAUGGACAAAAAAUAAUUAAACGUAUUUAAAGCAAUCUUAAAAAUAAGUAUAUUGUCUGUUUAAUAUAUUAUACCGAUUGUACCAUACAGACAUUUAUUAAAUAACUUAGAUUUCUGUACCAUAUAUUGCGAGCUUUAUAAAAUAUGUAGUAACGAUAUGAUAUAUAUACUUAUUGAGUCAACAAAUAUUAUGAAAUGAAGUAAAUAUCUUCAAAAUAAUCAUUUAAU